GAGACAGAAUAUGUAUUAUUAUAGAUUUUGCUACCCGGCAAUAUAUUAGUUUGCUACCGUUAGUUGCUGUCUACGCAGAGUGACCUAUAGUAGCUAGAAAAGUUAUUUAUUAGCAAUAACGGCACCAAUAAGUUAGACAAAUACUGGGAACAAUUAUCAAUAUGUUGUCUUGAGCAAUAAAAUACAGCACAUCUUCUUUGUACCGUCCAUGUUGUUUCCAUAUUCCGAUUUAAAGCACACGAACACACCUAAGUCGGAAGAACAACUUCCCAGCUCGGGAAACGGAACCAUUCGAAUAGCAAGUGAAUGCAGCAUUAGGGUGUUACUAUUGUGGCCCGAAAGGUGCAUAGCACACAAUACUGAAAAACUAAAAAUAGCCCUUACAUUUAGAGGUAGGCACCCGGUAUAUACAGAAGGGAAAAAAAUGUGCAAACAUUUCCAGAACUGAAUGUGCCAGCGUGCUAUAAUUACCACUUGUGGCCGCUGCUUACUAAGUUUAACUUCCCAUUGUGAAGCCAACUUUAUCCUCCCUGCACAGUCUGUUAUGUCAUCCAUUGCUAGCUAGCGGUCACCUGGUUCAGCUGAAGGCUGAAAUACACGAGAGGUGGACGGGACUGUUAAGUUAGCUGACUUACCUAAACACUGGAUAAAAUGAUUUCUCGCUUGUUAUUUUAUCUCCUCAACAACCUCCACGUAGUCGAGAAACUGGCAGAGUCUCGGCCGAUUCGUAGGGCGGCCCAGAUCACAGCGUACGCCAUCACUAAAGCUCAGAUAGCCGGGCGGGACGCCUCGGAACGGGUCAUGCGGUCCCAGACGCUGCGGCAGGUUCGGGACGAGGCCGGCAGAGUCCCCGGUGACCUGGGAGAGAUGGGCAGCCGCCUCAAGAGAGUCCGAGAGACAUUUGUGAAUGAAGUGAAGGAAGGAUGGAAGGACGGCUCCAGACAGAUCAAGAAAUAAAGAGGACAGACUGGCUGUAGGAUGUGUUGUUACUGACAGGCUGACAACAUCUCACCUGACUGCCCGUUGAAGAAACCAGGAGAUGAAAGGAGAAAUGAAAAAUAAAGAACCUGCCUCAGGAAUGUGGUGAUCAACUGCAACCAUCAGAUAUGGUGAACUCGGAGCAGUUGACAAUCGGGAAUGGUGAUUGUUAAUAAUACGGAGAGGUCUACACUUCUUUGGCCAGAUAAUUUAUGAUGUGUGUAUUUAGUCUUGCAGAAAGCUUGUGGGACUGUCUUGGGAAAUGUUAUGUACUCUGGAGCUAUUUUGUGUUCAUAGCCUUUUCACAUGAAGCUAUGAACAACACUACACAGUCAUGUCCUGUGUUCUGACAAAAGUAUUGUUUGAUUUUUUUCAUUUCCCUCCCCCGCCUGGCACUCAUGCAUCUAUGACACCAAUCCUGCCGAAGACCUUUUUCUGAUCUGUUCAUGAAGUUGUCAGUGGAAACGCUUUUAUCAGCUGAAUGUGUAUAUGUAGAUGGAUGUGAUGUGUGUAAACAAUGAAUUCAUUUAAUUCUCACUGUAUGAAUAAAGAUUAUAAUUUAUAACAGUGCUUUGACUGCUAGUCUGUGUCAGUUGAUAUCAUUUGCCCCUGGCACAAAACAAAGCGUGUGUAAAGUAAGAGGAAAAA